ACGGAGGGAGAGGAGACUUUGUUCCUCCUGCUCUGAGGAGGCGGAGUUUCUUUCCUCGGUUGCUCCCGUUGUUAGGGAAGAGUGUAGUCGUUAGGGAAGAGUGUCUUCUCGGUGUUUGUGGCUUUUUGUUGUUUAAUUGUAAGCGUUAAUAAUGCGGGGCGCAGCAUGAAUCGGAGCCAGGACGCGCGGGGAGUCGUUCUGACCGGCUACAUCAGCAACAGCGAGGCUUUCUCUCCUCCCUGUGCGCCUGCUGCGAGCUCCGGGGACGAGCCUGAAGCCCCGGGUCCGAGUCGAAAGCCGCCUCACUAUAAUGUGCAGCGGACGCGAGCGGCGACUGCGGACGCCAAACCGCCGUACCAGCGCUGCAGCUCUCAGGACUCGCUGGACGAGUUGGCCAUGGACGACUACUGGAAGGAGAUGGAGAUCAUCCAGCACAGCGGAGACGCCGAGCCUCAGGACGAGGUGCAGCUCAAAGUAGCCGACGAGGGCGAGCAGGAAGAGGCGUGGCUGACGGAGGCGGGUCUUGCGACGCUGUUCGACGAGUCAGCGCCGGACGAUGACGACGACGGCAAGGUCCUACUGUCCACCCUCACGCGCACGCAAGCCGCUGCCGUGCACAAGCGCCUGGAGACGCUGCGCAAGCGCAACAAACCCCACACCGUCCCCGACGUCAGGGACAUCUUCAAACCCACGGACACUAAGGAUGAUGAGUCCAAGUCUGGAGGAGGAAGUGAAAACACAAAAAAGGAAGAAGAAACAUCAUCUGGUUUGGGCGUGGCCGUAGGAAACGGCGAGGGCGUGGCCGACACAGAGACGGACAUCAACCAAGAGGUGUCAUUCUCUGAGCAGGCUCUGACCUACAAGGAGGGGUCAAAGGUCACGCCACCUGUUGACGAGGCUGACGACAGGCUACCUGAUUUCAGGGUAGCGAGAGAUAAGACAGGAAUGACUAAAGUGGGCAAUCUCUCCCCGGCCGACAUGAAGAAAGUUCACCGGCUCGUCCUGAUCGAGGUGAGCGCUCUGUUCGACACGGCCGGCAUCGACCUCAAGAUCCACAAACCUCUCAAGAUAAAGGUCAAAGAGUCGGGAUUAUUCGGGGUUCCUCUGACAACGCUGCUAGAGCAGGACCAGAAGACGGCGCCUGGUACCCGCGUGCCAGUCAUACUGCAGCGGUUAAUUUCCCACAUAGAAGAUGAGGGGCUGGACACUGAGGGGAUUCUGCGGGUCCCUGGAGCAGCCACCAGAGUGAAGGCUGUGUGUCAGGAGCUGGAACUGAAGUUCUACGAUGGCUUGUUUCCCUGGGAGUCUCUGAAGCAGCACGACGCGGUGAGCGUGCUCAAGCUCUUCAUCAGAGAGCUUCCUCAUCCUCUCCUGACCGUGGAGUACUUCAGUGCUUUCUUCUCUGUGCUUAAAUUCCCGACAAAGAAGCAACAGCUGCAGGCUCUCAACCUGCUCGUGCUCCUUCUGCCGGCGUCCAGCAGAGACACGCUCAAGGCGCUGUUGGAGUUCCUCCAGCUAGUCAUCGACCGCAAGGAGCGCAAUAAAAUGACGCUGAAUAACGCUGCCGUGGUGAUGGCGCCCAGCCUCUUCAUGUUUAAAGGCUUCCGGAGCAAAAUCCCUAAGCAGGAGUUUGCCAUGGCAGCAGACAUGGCUAACAUCGUCAGGCUGCUGAUACGAUACCAGGACCUGCUCUGGACCAUCCCGAAGUUCGUGAUGACCCAGGUGCGGAAACAGAACAUGGAGCGAAAGAUGAACCGAGAAAGGGCGGUGAAAAAACUGCUGAAGAAAAUGGCCUAUGAUCGCGAAAGGAACAGUGAAAAAGUGGAGAAAAACACGGAGGUGGAUGGUGGCUUCAUCAGGGUCCAGGCUCCGCAAUUCUCAAAGGUCUCCAUGGCGGUGGAGCUGACUGAAGAGCUCCGAGCGUCAGACAUUCUCACACGCUUCCUCAGCCAGAAGAGCCCCAUGCUGGUGAAGAGAGAGGAUCUGUGUCUAUAUGAGAUCGGAGGGAACAUCAAGGAGCGCUGUCUGGAUGAGGAGACGUACAUGAAGGCCCUCCUGGAGCUCAACCCCACAGCCGAGUGGGUCAUCAAGUCCGUCCAGCGCUAACGCUCACUCCACGACCUGCCAAUCAAGCAACUGACCAAUCACAGGAUGAGCAUGAGAUUAAAGGGAAAGUUCCACUUCUUCCACUCUCGAUCUUUUCCAGUCAUCUUCUGCAGGCCGUAUGAGAGCGAGUCUGCUUUGCACUUUGAAGCGGUGUGGGCGUAGAACGCCGACUUGGGAAUGUGAUUUUUUUUUUAAAUGAGAAAUUUGCGCUUUAAUAUAAACGUGACGGAUCAGCGAACACUUUAAUGCAGAAACUCACACGAGUGUGUAGCAGUGAAGUGAAGAAGCGGUCGGGAGAAAUGAUCAGCGUUACAAAUGAUCAACAUUUCGUUUUUUAUGCAUGACUGAAUACUGUUUUUUUUUUUUUUGCAUAUGUAUAGAUCUAAGAAAUCAUCAGACUGACAGCUUGGCUUUAGCAGUACUGUACUACAGAGGAAAAUACAGCCACAACGGUUUAUCAUGAUAUCUUUAAAACAUCGAAUGAUAACGAUACACAUCACAUAUACACGUUUUUAUAGAAAGACAUGCUGUGGAGAACACAAAGUGGGCGUUUCUCAAUAUUGCUGAGGUUUUAAUUUUAAUUCUUUUCAACUGCAAUAGAAAAGUUGAAAUUUGUUCUAAUACACACCAGGGCUGGGACGAUAUAUUGAAGUAUCAUAAAUACAAUUUACAUUAUUGCUACGACGUCAUAAAAAUCAUCAUCAUCAAAUUCCCUAUUUAAAAAAAAAUCAUUCUUAGUAGAGAAAUGAACAAUAGUGAUAUUAAAAGCGCAUGAUCCACAUACGUUAUCAGUUUCAGUGUAUGAUAUUAGCAUGAUUAGUACGAUAGUGCGGCAGUGUAUCGCCAUGACGAAAUCAUUAAAUAGUUAAACUGUUAACGUUAGUCGGUUUGAGAAUGAGAGAAAGUGGUGUUUCUAUGUUGUGAUAAACCACUGAAGUCCACUUUAAAGACAUUCUCACGUUCUGAUUGGUCAGAAGGUGUUGAUUCAUUUUCUAUAACAGCAAGUCUGACAGUUGCGCAAGUUUAUAUUAAUGCGCUCGUUCAAAUGUGUAAUCGUUUCUAUAGCAACAGCUCAUUCACAGGGAAUUGUACAGUGGGUUUUCUGUAAGUAGAUGUUUAUGUACCAUUUAUGGAAGGAGUCUCCAGUGUCAGCGCUUUGUAACAGAGGUGAAGCUGUAGGUUUUCUGAAGUUUUUCUUCAGGACAGAGGAGUUUACGCUUCUUUGCAGUUUCUCGGUAACAUGCGUAACAAGCUGCAUUUUUUUUUUUUUGUUAUUAACUUCAAGAGUGAGAAAAAAGCAAGGCUGGUGAGAGAACGAGUGUUUAUAGCUGCUAUAACGUAAGUGAGAAAAGGAACUAAGUUGUUUUGCAGACAUUAAAUGUAACUCUAAAGGGAUAAAACGUAUGACGUUGUUCUUUAAGAAAUUGGGAAAGUGCUAUGGUGGGAGAGGAAUGAAAUACUUCGAGACAUGCUGUUAUAGGAAAAGAAUGAGCUUUUGGGUGAUGACAGUAACUUUUAUUCCUAACGGGAUGCGACGUGUCGGGAGAUAGAGCAGGAGAUAGAACAAAACUGCAGUGUGGGUUGGGAGCCGCUGCACUGCUGUACAGAACAUAAACACGCCGUGUAUAGAGCUGAUAAAGCAGAAUCACUUAGCCUGUUAGCUGUCAGCUAGCAAAAGAAACACUCUGUAAAAUAGAUCAUGAAACAACACGUUGCACAUUUAGCACAUUUUUUCCACGAUAUAAUUUAACACUUGCUUAUGAAGCUAAUGUAAUUGUAAUAUUGCGUCUUUUCAAUAUAAACAUGGCUGCUUUUUUUCUCUGUGGUGUCCACAUAACAGCUCAAUUCUGUGAAAAAAAUCCCUUCUUCAUCAUUCAGUUACACAAACUGAAUGAUGUCCACUCUGUUCUGGGGUAUAAACAAUUUGGGACACGGCAGAAAACUGCACGCUAGCUAGCCAGCUAGCCAGCUAGCAAACAACUACACAGCUUAGCGUAGACUGGUCUGAAAACGUUCAGAUCUGAUGUAAUCAAUUAAAAAUUCAGUUAUAAAUUUUUACAUAAGUACUGAAUGCUAAUAAUUGACUCCUUUAAUAUUUGAGCAAUAUUUCAUAUUAAGCAAAGCUCAACAAGCCCACAUCAUUUUUUUCUCUUCUUGUUAAAUUUAAAUUUGUCGUUGCAAACUUCAGUAAUUUUAGGGCUGUAUUUAUCAGACUGCGUCGUCCUUCGGAGGAAGCAGGAUCAAAACCAGCUUUUACGUGAUUGGCUGUUCAGAUCUCCUGCUCUCCAGUGCCAUGAAGAGGUUUACACUGCAGAAGGUUAGAAAGAUAAAUCUAAAGCAACACUGUAAGCUUGGGCUUGUUUUCAUGUUUGAGGGGUUAAAAAUGUGGGUGAACAUGAUGUAGUGUGCCAUGAAGCCCUACUGAGCAGUCACCCGAGCGUGUUCGCACAUUAAUGACGAACCGUAAUGUCUUCACACCAGUGACUGCAGGCACAUUUUAGUGAGAAACUGGAGAAAGAGCGGCUAGUUCCCCAACAUCGUUCAAUCAUACAAUGAAUUCGAUUACGUUAGUGUAGUUAUUAAUAUUACAGAUUCGAUUACGUUAGUGUAGUUAUUAAUAUUACAUGUUAAAAAUCAGCAUGGUGAUAGCAAGUUAUUCUUUUAGCUUCUCUUUAACCUUGCAUAUCGCAGAAAUAACUUUUUUUUUUUCCUUCCACGUCUAUAAUAAUGGCUGCGUUUUUCACACUUCUAAAUAAAACCCUCUGAUUCCAAAAACACAUCUGUUCAUCACUAACAAAGAUGGCAGACGAAAACUGAUCUAUAUUCCAUACUGCAGCACGUCUAAAUCUCUCUUAUAAAUGUACAGGAUUGAAAGAAACGAUCCACACUCAUCUCAUUCUGCAGGUGGACUGAAAGUAGAGUAGAAAAGGGAUUAAUGCUGCUUAGAACUCGGACAAACCCGACUUCUGGCGAAUGAGGCUACGGCCACAUUAAUCCGAAUAAAUUUGAAAACGCAUCUUUUUCUCUACGUUUUGGCCUUCAGUCCUCACUGAGACAGCGUUUUUGUCCAGCGACAACAGAGCAUUUCAAAAACACUCUCCCAAGUGGAUACAUUCGAAAACGCUGUUUUCACACUGUUGUAGUGUGGACUGAGAAAACAGAGAUAUUCAAAACCGUAUUUUUAGUCAUGUGAUGCAGUCAUGUGACCCAUUCAACUCAAAACAAACAAGAUGGCGGAUGAUGUUGUACUGCAGUUGUUGCGCCUGCUAUCCAGUUUAAUAGUGUUGUUAAAGAUUAAUGUCACUUUGUACAAGCUUCAGAUUGCAUUUUUUCAAAGGAGACAGAAUAUAAUAAAUAAAUAUGUAAAUAAAUAUGUAGGGAUGUGAGCGUUUUCAGACAUUUCAGUGUGAAUGAGCAAUUUUUGGAAAAAGUUUGAAAACGCCAGUGUAGAUGGAAAGCGUUUUAAAAACGAAAAUGCAGUUUUCAAAUCUAUUCGGAUUAAUGUGGACGUAACCUCAGAAUUCCCAGUCAGGAACUAAAUCCACCUAGCCUGAGUUCUCUCACAUAAACACACUCUAUAUAUCACAUUCUACCUGAAAGCACUUGAUUUUACUUGAUAUGUAGUUUCUGAUUUGUGAAAAAGUGUUUAACAAGUUUGUAAUUUUAGACUUGUAAUGUAAUUCCUUUAAUUUCAAUCCCAAUUUUACUAACAUGAAAGGACCAUUGCCACAGAUGUUGUGACAGAUAACUUUUCUUCACUAAUCACACAGAAAUAAUUCACAUAGACCUUCUUUAUCUGUUUAGCAAAUUCAGAGACUAGCCAAACAAAUGUGACCCUCCUCGGGACGUCCGUGUUUCUCUGAGCAGAAGCACUAGAAGGUCUUUAGACCAGAAUUUGAACAACUGGAAUUUCAACAUCAUUUGAAGUUUAAUAAGCUCAUUUGAUGAUUCGAAAUUUUUUUUAUUAUGUGUUCAUUAAUUCAAAACAUGCACAAGAACUAAUUUAUUAGUGUUUCUAAGUAACAGAAAUCAAGCCCCAUGAUUUAUCACUUGCUAGCGUGAAUGCAGGAUCAGAAGUGAGCUGUGUAUAAUAUAAUAUCCUCGACAGUUGCUAAUAAACUCAUAAUAUAACGUAAUAAUAUACAUUUAUUCAUUUUUCCGAUGCUUUUAACUACUAACGCAUACUCAGAUAGAAUCCAAUCCCUUUGCUUAAAGGGUCUAAUGACGGCUCUCUGGACUGAACUACCGCUGUCCCAACGUAACGAAGAGCGCCUGUGGCUCUCAGUGGGAACUAAAACACUCUUUGACACCUAAGACACUGGGAGAACCUCCCAAAAUAAAACCAUUCAGGUUCCAAUCUGCAGUUCUGUAGUGGUACUUCUACAUGAAGGAACACAUCGGCAGGUCUGCACGCGUAUAAAGUCCUGGAAUUUGUCUGUGGAAAUUUGAUAUUUUGCGUUUUUAUUGUUAAAUGAUGUAAAGUUGACAUUUCAAAUGAAUCAGGUGAUUUUUUUUUUUUUUUACUAUUGUUGUGACUGUUUUAUACUGUGAAUAUGAUCAAAAGUGACUGCUGAUGUUCAUAAAUAACCACUAAACAAUGUUUUGUAAAUAAAUGUAAUUGCACAUUUCA